UGAUCAGACAUGGAGGCAGUGAACAGGAUGAAGACGAGCCUGAAGAGUCACACAGAGGACAGUCUGAAGGAGGCUCCUCACAAAGACGAGGCUCUGUCGGAGGACAUGUUGAAAAAGAUGAUUUCUGAAGCAGAUAAAGUGAAGACUUGUGCGUACUGCCCCUACAGCCAGUUCAGAGUGGGAGCAGCUCUACUGACUACUGAUCACCACAUCUACACAGGGUGUAACGUGGAGAACGCGUGCAAUAACCUGGGCGUCUGCGCCGAGCGAAACGCCAUGGCCAAAGCCGUGUCCGAGGGCUGCAGGUCCUUCAGAGCCAUCGUCAUCUCCAGUGACCUGUGUGAACAGUUUAUCUCUCCCUGUGGAGGCUGCCGACAGUUCAUGAGAGAGUUUGGAGCCAACUGGGACGUGUAUCUGACCAAACCGGACGGCUCGUACCUGAAGAUGACUGUGGACGAGCUGCUUCCCAUUUCCUUCGGCCCCGAGGAUCUGUCCAUGAAGAAACUGCAGAUCCAAAAUGGCCACUGACCUCCUCCAGGACGCCAUAUUGGAUCCUCCUGAACGUAACUCGCACAUUAAUGAUAUCACAUGAGGCAUAUAUGUAUUUAAAAGUCAAUAUCCUUGUGGUAAUGUCAAAUGUUUUGUGUACUUGACUGAGAGAAAACAAAUGGAUUAAUAUUUCAUUUCAUAACUUUGUGCUAUAUUUUUGGAGGCUCGAAGAAACAGCUCACACAUUUUGUAAAUUUUAAUAAUCCUGGAAAAUGUUUAUUAUUAGCAUGUAAAUAAACUGUAAAAUCUAGAACAACGUAGUCAGCAUCUGUCAAAGGUGGUUUAGUCCUGAGGUAGUCCUGGUUUAUUCCUAGUUUAGACCUAGUUGAGUCCUGGGUUAGUCCUGGUUCAGUCCUGGUUUAGUCCUGUUUGAGUCCCAGUUUAGACCACCUUUAAAGCUCCUCUUUGUAACAUUUCUGAGAGCAUACCACCUGCAUGUGUCUGUGGAGAUGAAUACAUUAAUAAAGCUUUACACGGGAACAUUCCAGGCAAAGCUUCCAUGGAAACAAGCAGCUGAUGUGCCUGCUGUUUACGAGUCAGAUCUGUUGAGAAGCAAGUUUAGUCCUGGUUUAGGUAAAGUUUAGUCCUAGCUGGGUUAGACCUGGUUUAGACCUGGUGCAGUCCUGGUGCAGUCCUGGUUCAGACCUGGUUUAGUCUGGUUUAAACCUGUUUAACGCUAGUUUCGGGUCAGCUAAUCUUCCUGUAAAUCUUUCCAUAAUGAUGCUGAAAGAACCUUCAGAAUUUCAAAGUAUUUUUGUUGUAAAUAAAAUAUUUAUUAGGCAGCAAUAAUAAACAGAACUUUAAUAAUUUUACACUGGUCAAAAGUUUGAACAAAUCUCAUAAAUAAAACUUUUUAAACACCUCCCUUUCAUUUGUCACGUGAUGUUCUAUUUGUUUUCACAUGUGUUCACUCAAAUCAUAUGGAAACAGGCACGGACGCUCAGAUAGUCCAUGCUAAAAACAAAAGGAUCUGAUGUUAUUUACAUGCACUUCAAUUUAAACUGGAGAUAAUGAGAGAAGAGGAGGAGGAGGAGGAGGAAGAGGAGAAAGAGGAGGAGGAGGAAGAGGAGGAGGAAGAGGAAGAGGAGGGGGAGGAUUCAAGUAUCAACAUUCGUACCAAAAUUUAAAACAAGUCUUUCAUUUUUGUGCAAGUACAUUCCCGAUUUGACUUUUUACAUUUCAACCCAAAGAUUUCUAAACAAGAUGAAUGAGACUGACGUCUUGCUUCGGUCCUGCUCCAGUCUUGCUACG